AUGGCCGAUAGUGAGUCCAACACAGUGAUUGGAGAAGAACAGUACGAAGAAGCACGAAAGAACUGGCUCGAUACAGCCAAAGUAGCUCAGCGGGCCAAAAACGAAGCCAAACAGAAGUACAACGAAACUGGCCCUGGUACACCGUUCGUAGAAUGGCUCUUGAGAAAGGUAGGCACAAGUUUGUAUUUCCAGGCCGAGAAUAGUUGGCAUUUUAUAUGCUUCUAA